CUCCAUUUGUAGAGCCUUCCAAGCUAGUCACUUCACUAAUCAGUCUUCUUCCCUUCGGAGCAGAAUCACACACAGAGCUUGAGCUCCAAAAGGCCAUGGAGAGAUGGAGAAAACGCGGGAGCUUGCUCGCCGUCGCAGCCGUGGCCCUGGUGGCAGCAUUGCUGCCGUCCGGCGAGGCGAAGCUGUCCCCGGACUACUACCGGUCGACGUGCCCGGACGUCGAGGCGAUCGUGCGGGAGGCGGUGGCCAAGAAGGUCAACGAGACCUUCGUCACUGUCCCAGCCACGCUCAGGCUCUUCUUCCACGACUGCUUCGUCGAGGGCUGUGACGCCUCCGUCAUCAUCGCGUCCCGCGACAACGACGCCGAGAAGGACGCGCCGGGCAACGUGUCCCUCGCCGGCGACGGCUUCGACACCGUGGUGCGCGCCAAGGCCGAGGUCGAGAAGGCGUGCCCUGGCGUGGUCUCCUGCGCCGACAUCCUCGCCAUCGCCGCCAGGGACGUCGUCACCAUGUCUUCCGGCCCGCACUGGCCCGUCGAGCUCGGCCGGCUGGACGGUCUCGUCUCCAAGGCCGGCAGCGUCGCGGGCAGGCUGCCGGGGCCGGACAUGCGCGUCGACGACCUCGCCGCCCUGUUCGCCAAGCACAACCUCACCACGCUCGACAUGGUCGCGCUCUCGGGCGCGCACACCGUCGGGUUCGCGCACUGCACCCGCUUCACGGGCCGCCUCUACCGCCACGGCGUCGCUGGCGGCGGCGGCGGUGGCGGCGCGUCGGUGGACCCGUCGUACGACCCCGCGUACGCGCGGCAGCUCAUGGAGGCGUGCCCGCCGGACGUCGGCGCGACCAUCGCCGUCGACAUGGACCCGGUCACCCCGACCGCCUUCGACAACGCCUACUACGGCAACCUCGCCGGCGGGAUGGGCCUGUUCACCUCCGACCAGGCGCUGUACAGCGACGGCGCGUCGCGGCCGGCGGUCGGGGACUUCGCCAAGAACCAGACGCGCUUCUUCGAGGCGUUCAAGGACGCCAUGGUCAAGCUGGGCAGAGUUGGGGUGAAGACCGGCAGGCAUGGGGAGAUCAGGAGAGACUGCACCGCGUUCAACAAGUAGAUCGAGCGAGGGGGCAGCAGCAUACUAUGACGCGUGUACGUAAUUGAGAUCAAUAUGUCCACACGUUAGGCAAAGUUCGUGCUACAAACAAAAGAAUAUUUUGCAUCCGCAAGAUUUGCCAAAUAUAGUUAAGUUCAACCUUAAUAAUCUCCUUCCAUA